CUAAAAAAAGUUUAAAUUUGUUUUAAAUAAAAGUUGAAUUUACUAAUAUAGAAACCGGAAAGGAUUUUCAGAGCUUUAAAUUACAUACAUAUAUUGUGAAAAAGCUGCAGCCAUGUUCACAUUUGUGUUGUGUUGAGAAAGGAAGUAGCAAUCCAAUAGUUCUCGACUUGUCGCCGGGUAACGAGCUGUAGUUCGCGGCAGCGAAGGCAGUUAUCAGGUGAACUUCGUGCCGGUAUCAGUAAAUCUAUUGUAGUUCAGUGAAAAAUGUCGAUUGCCGGCAGAGAGAAAACUGAAAAUGGCACGUUUGAUUUCCCCUACAUGAAACCACCGACAAAAACCACAUGGGAAACAAUAAAAACCGCCCUGUGGAAUCCUGACACUAAAGAAGUUUUCGGAAGAACCGGCAAAAACUGGGCUCAGCUAUUAUUAUUCUACACGAUAUUCUACGCGAUAUUGGCUGCCUUCUUCGCGAUUUGUAUGAAAGGUUUGCUGGCGACAUUAAACGACAAAUCGCCUAGAUGGACAUUGGACAGUAGUAUAAUUGGCACAAACCCUGGAAUAGGGUUCAGACCAAUAUCAAAUCAAACGGAAGAAGGUUCUCUUAUAUGGUUUGACUCUAAGAAUAAUACAAGUAUUCAGAAAUGGGUGAAACUUUUAGACCAAUUUUUCGAUGCAUACAAGAAGAAAGUGGAAGUUAAUAAACAAAAUCAAGUAAACUGUGAUUUCGACAGACCCCCACAAAACGGUCAAGUAUGUACUGUUGAUUUGGACUCCUUCGGUCCUUGCAGUCCCACCAACGAAUAUGGAUAUAAUUCGUCGUCACCCUGUGUCUUUCUCAAACUAAAUAAGAUUUAUGGUUGGCAACCAGAAUAUUACAGCGAUCCGGACAAUUUACCAGACGAUAUGCCAAGUGACCUUGUGGAGUAUAUUAAGAAUAAUGCCAAUUCGAAAGAAAAAUUAAAACAAGUGUGGAUAAGUUGCUAUGGUGAAUUUCCUGCCGACAAAGAGAAUAUUUUUACCUUUGAAUACUACCCAACUCGCGGGUUUCCGAGCUAUUUUUAUCCGUAUACAAACGAACCAGGUUACCUCAGCCCUCUGAUUGCAGUUAAAUUGAACAAUCCAAAACCAAAUGUACUUAUCAACAUCGAAUGCAGAGCUUGGGCGAAAAACAUCAACUAUCGCAGUAGUAAUCUUCAAAGGGAGGGCUCUAUUCAUUUCGAAUUAAUGAGGGAUGUCUAAAGUGCGUUUUUUUUUUAUAAUAAGAAAGUUGUUGUUUUAUUGUUUUCUAUUGUGAUUGGUAUUAGUACUUAUUUUGUUUAUUUAGUUUCCAACUCUUAUUUAUCCUGUACGUUAUGUCCCUUUUUUCAAUCAGCUGACAAACUUUUAAAAUUAUCUGUACGUAUUUGUAUUUAAAAUGAAACGCAUUGGAAAGUAUUAAGUAUGUACUGAGAAAAGGUAAGGUAAAUUUUAUAAACAAAAAGUCUUCCUAAAUGACUUAUUACGGAGUGGAUAAAUACAGUACAACGAAAGAAAAAAUGACGUUUCAAACAUAAAUCAGGACGAACAAUAUAAAAUGCCAAAAUAGCAAUAAAAUGAAUUUAACAAACAAAUAGAAAAACAAUAGUAAAUAUGCAAAUCAUUAGUUACAAAGUACUGUUAACGUAAAAGAAUUGACAUCAUUUUUAAUUCCGCACCAGAAAAUUAUUUAAUUUAUAAUGGGAAUUUUUUUUCAUUACACAAUAUCUCCUGCUAUUUAUAAAAAGCAAUCUACCGACAUUACAUAGUUGAUAAACGCUGUUUUUGUUUAUUACAUCUAAGACUGGACAAUUCUAAAAAAAAGUACACUGCCAGUAUACCAUAUUACAUACAACUGAAAGAUCUGAUGUCCAUUAUUUAUUAUUAUGUUAGUGACAAUGUUUACAACAUCACCGAUAAAUAAAACUAGGUACAUAUACACUUAUAAAUACAAUUAAUUAAGCGUUUAAAAAGGCAAAGAUGAUAAGAUGCGAUGUGUGAACAGAGACAUUACCUUACGAGAAAUAAAAAAAAAGAACAGGUCUUACAAUAGUCGUCAAUGAUGUACAACAAU